GUUUGCUGAAACAAUUUGUUGCCAAAACAACAAACUUUGAUGAGAAAUGUUGUCUUGGGCUCCAGAUAUUCUCUUUACAGGGGGUUUCAAUACCUCGGAAAGAAGAAAUAGUAUUUUACUGGAUCACUGAAGGAAUUAAGAACGAAAACAAAAAUGACUCUGAAAUUCUGCUUCUGUUGGAUGUGUUGAAAGAUUGCUGCUUAAAUGAACAGUCCAAAAGUUUAGCCUAUGGAUGGCUAUCACCAAGUUUGACCAACUCCAUUAUAAAGGCCUUGUCAAAACUCUUUGAGAACCGUCCCUGUCAUGCAGAAAAAUACACUACUUUAUUGUUCUCUUUAUUGGAGAAUCCUCAUUUCGAUCGAUAUCUCCUAAGUCAUGUAGAAUUUUAUGUGGAUCUUAUGGCAUCAUACAUAAAUUCAUUAUUGAAAUCUGAGCAUGGAGCAGUAUUUGAACUAAUAGACUUUUUCUUGAACACUCUUCACCACCUAACAAACAUGAAAGAUCUAACUUUUUCAAAGCACAAGUUCGAAGUGGAAUCCAUCAAAAGAUUGUAUAUACCAUUAGUCUGUUUGUAUGAGAGAAUUUCACUUACAGAGAAAAGUCAGAAACAACCCAUUGCUUAUGAACGGUUACUAAAUUGUAUCAGCCAGAUUAUGUUUUCGGACUAUUCGAAUUCCGUUACUUUAUCCACUCAUCUCAAGAAGUAUAUUGAAAGUGAUGUAGAACAAGAGGACGAAGACCAUCAGCUUUCUAUUCUCUUUAAAACUUUAAAAUUCAAUGCUCAAAGUACGGUAGAAAGUGGUUGGACUUUGUUCCUUACUAUUUUUAUUGAGCUCCCUGAAGUAAAAAAAUUGAAGAUUAGCGACAUCCUUGAUGUGUGUAUUGUAACUUCCUCAUUCAUUAAAAAGCCAGCUUUUGAUGAUAGCACUCCAGCCAUAUCUAUAGAAUCUUACAUUGCAGUUUACAAAAACAUCUUAAAUAUCCUUUCCGAGUGCCAGAUCAUUGGCGUCACCUCUGGGCAAAUAUCUGGCUUUAGCUCUUGGCUUAGCAAGCUUCUUAAGCAUCUAUUUAAAUCCAUAGAUAAAACGACAUCACCUGAAAAGUUAAAGCUUCUGAACACUGUUUUCUCAUUAUAUCCUACUUGCAUCGAUGACAGCUUACACACAUUUGUGGAAGUUAUUGCUUUAAGACAAAAGGAUGAUAAAAAUAUUGAGUUUUUAUAUGUUCAGUUGUUAGAACAAGUGCUUCAAAAUUUUCGCAAGUCGCAUAGAAUCCCAAAAUUUAUUUUCCAGUUUUUAAUGUUCACCACCAAUGCUCUUUCAACUGAAUGUAAUUUUAAAAUGAGAUCUGUAACACUGCAACAUGUGUUGCCACCAGCGUUUAUUUCAAAAUUUUGUGUCACUCUGGGUAUGCUACAAAGUACCUCAACAUCUGCUGCAUUGGACAAGCUUUACUUUUUCCUCGAUAAAUUCGUCAUUUCCUUGCAAGAUUCCCAGUCCCAAAUCGACGAUAAUCAUAUACUGUUGGGUGAAAUUCUCUGUGAAGUAUACUGCUGUAUCCUGACAGGUACUCGAUUGGCAGAUCAGAAUGUGCCGGAGAUUCUGCGCCAAAGUCACCAGGAGAAAAUAAAUGACAUUGCAAGACUUCUCUCUAAUUUUGGAAAGGCUCUUCUCAGCAAAAAGCAUAAUCAGAGGCUGAUGGUUGCUUUUUUACGUUUAUGCUCGAUUUGGGGAGAGAUUGAAAUUCUCAUGAUAAGAUAUGUGGAUGCAAGAAUAAGAGUUCCUAAACAGACUGACAGCAGUCCUACUAAUCUUACUUAUAUUCACCAAUACCUGUCGGAUUAUCAUUGGAACCUUAUUGCACAACGAGUCAUUAAUUUUGGUUUUGAUGUGUGCAAAGAUACUUUGCAUUCCCUGGUUUUGCAAAAGAUUCAAGCUUUGCCCUUACUAGAAGAUGAAAUUGAAGGGAUCUACACUGACGGAGAAGACAAGGAUGGACCUAGAUGUAUUGCCGCUCGAUACCUAUUGAAUAGUGCUCGGUUUGAGUGGCUUACCAAAAAUGUUGAUACCCUCUUACCAGAGUUAGAACCAGAUGAAGUCUUAAAGUUCACAAAAACUGUUGUUCGCCAGUGUCUUCAAGAUUCGAUAAUAAGAGAAUCGGAGAAUAUGAUCCUGCCAUUAGCUUGUGAUGAUAAUCCCCAGUUGGUGUUUGCCAUGGCGUUGUACACAUUCUAUGAUUGUGGGAAGAAACUAUCAAAGCACAAAGUAAAAUCAACCAGCCGUAUUCUUAAAUAUUGCAAUUAUGAAAAACUGAUCAAAGUAGAGCAAGAGUUAACGCUGUCUCACAAGGACCAUCAUUUUCAAGAACUCAUCAAUAAUCUUGGAUCAGAGAUUAGUUUAAUUUGGAAGGGUAUCAUUAACUCUAAUGACGCUGAAUUUGAUAUUAGCUUUCUGAAAGGGAAUAUUGAACUCCUCGCUGCUUUACCACUGAAUUAUCUCUCUUCAGAAAGUCGGACAGUUCUCAUUUGUCUUAUCUUUGCUGUUUGUCAUGAUAUCUCCGUUGCUGUUUUGAAAGAUGAUAUAAAUAAGUCAACAUUGCAUCUAAUUCUCACCCUCAUACUUGGACUGUUGCAGAACAAAAUUCACCUCCAGAAGUCGUUCGAAUGGUCAGGGUUGAUUUUGUGGAUCAACGAAAUUUCCUUGAAUUAUGAAUAUCACAAACAAUUAAUGGACACCCUUGUCGGCAUUGCUGUCUCCAAACAGAAUUGGAUAACACCUCUGGUUGACUCAAUCAUAGGCUUGAAUGAAAAAGCGUUUGUAUCUAAUGAAGUGAUUCCUAAACAUGCUGUAAACCUUCUUUCAAAUGUGACUAACGUUUUAUCGAUAACAAAGCGAGCAGAAAAGCGUAAAGGCAGCAGUAUAUCAAGUUUGAACAAAAUUCGAAAAAAGGCAUUGAAUAGUUUGUCCAUCAAUUUUGAAUCCUUGGUCAAGCAAACGGAUUCGUCUAUUUUAUUAACAAGUUUCAAUACAGCCUUGGAGACAGCUGUUGACAGCAAUAAUGAAGAAAGUAUUGACAGAUUGACUCCCUGUAUCGGACAGUUCAUAGCAGUAGCUUUAAUACAAGUUGAUUCUGAUCCAGGAAGUAUCGUAUUUUUAAGAACUCUUGUAAUACAUCGGAAAAAAUUCAGAGAAUUUGUUACAAUAGAUUUUCUAAGGAAAGUAUGGAAAAUUUUCCUUGCCCAGUUAUCCAUCGAGGCUCUUAAGGAUGUAUUAGAUGUGUUAUUUACAAAUGAACUUGAAAGAAUUAUGAACCAGUCCAAAAACUUUUUG